AAGCGGGCCGUAUUUUUGUUAACAUCUAAAUUUAUGUUCACUCGAUUUAUAAGCCUCAACAUAUCCAAGUGUAUAUGUGUAUGUAUAAUGUUUAGAAACACAAAGUAAUCGAUUAUUAUUAUCUAUUACUAUAGUAUCGUUUUACCACGUAAAUAAAAAAAAUGAAGUUGUUAAUUUUAAGUCUAUGUAUUAUUGCUAAUUUAAGCAAUAAUGGAAAAGCUUCUCUGGAAAGUUUUAUGCCGACUAAGGAUAACAUGAUAUUGGCUGACACAACAAAAGGAUCAGACAAAUCAUGCAGCCGACCUUGUAAAUUCAACGUAAAGCCGCGCCGGUGCACUUAUGAUUUUGAAAUUAGUCCAUCUAUUGAAGAAAACGGAAGGCCAGCACUUACAAUUAACAACCUUACUCCAGGCCCCGCUAUCCGAGUUUGUUUACAUGACAUUGUCAUAGUCAAAGUGAAGAACAAAGUCCCCAAUCAAGAUGUCACGUUACACUGGCAUGGAGUGGAGCAGAAGGGGACUCCAUACAUGGAUGGUGUUCCUAUGAUAACACAGUGUCCUAUAGUAUUCGGAUCUACUUACGAAUACGCCUUUAUUGCUUCUUCUCCGGGGACUUUCUUCUAUCAUACGGAUUCAGUUUCUCACCAAAGCGAUGGCGUGUACGGAUCCCUCAUCGUCGAUCAACCUCAGCCCUUAGAACCCCAUGCUUCACUAUACGAUUAUGAUAGAAGCGAAGAACAUACUUUGAUGGUUGGUGCAAAAUUUAAUGAGCUACUUACUGGACAUCUUGAAGGUGUGAACCAAAUUCGACCUGAUAACCUCUCUGUGAACGGUGAUGAAAUGGAUACUAAGAUCUUCGUGAUGCAAGGAUACGGAUACCGAUUGCGACUCAUUAACGCAAUCGCUCUAGAAUGCCCUUUGCUCAUCAAUGUGGAACGACACCCGAUGACGAUCAUAGCGAGUGACGCUAAUCCUCUGCAGCCAGUCAUUACAGAUGCUGUUCGACUUUAUCCAGGAGAGCGUAUGGACGUGGUGGUUAGGACGGAUCAGCAGAGCGGUGGGUACUGGGUUCGGGUCUCCGGCGAAGGUGUUUGUGAAGGGUUAAGUGCUCAUGCAAUGCUUCUGUAUUCCGGAUUUAAUUACACUACCAUGUUGGAACAAGGCCCGAAUCCAGAAUCGGAAACCAACUAUGAUACAAUAACUGAUAGCCAACACUUACCUUCCCUUCGAGAAGCAUCUCCCGUUCCCAGCGUGAAGUCUGUAUAUUUGAGUAUAGACAAAAACUCGCCAAAGUUCAAGGACGCUGAUAUCGAUUUCAGCUAUCGCAGCGAUGCAAUGUCAAAGAAGCCGUUUUUCCCUGCAGUGUUAUCGUCAGUGAAGAGCGUGGUUCAGAUUAACGGAAAGAACUUCCUGUAUCCCGAUGCACCAUACCUUCUUAAGCCUCGUGACGUGCAUCCUAAUAUUAUCUGCAAUGUAGGAGAGGAAAAUGAACAAAUGGAGCCGCAAUGUUUACAAGUAUUGAAGGCGCAAGCAAAUGAAGUGAUUGAACUCGUUUUAGGAAACGAAGGUUUCAACACCAAUGACUCCUACACAUUCCAUAUGCACGGCCAGAAAAUGCAAGUUAUUGCCACAUGGCAAAAUCCCAAAAACGUUCCAGUCUCUAAGUCUGAGAUCUACAAACUGUAUAGUGAAGACAUUGUCACAAGAAAUGAACGGAACCCACCGCUUAAAGAUACAUUCGUUGUACCAAAUAAAGGUUUUACUGUUGUGAGAUAUACACCGAUAUAUGGAGGAAGUUGGCUCCUGGAAUGCAGAUCCUGUUCUACUAUACUACCAGUGGCAAUACUCAUUAAUGUUCCUAUAUCAAUACCUAAAUUAGUUAUUGAUGCUUUGCCUAGCUGCGGGAAUUAUAGACCAGCUGAUCUUUUACUUAACUAAGAAUUAUUUAAGUUAUUUAUAUAAGGACUGAUAAAAUAUAACUUGUAAAUAUUACUGAGAGAAGAAAGCGACGAAAUAUCUGGAGUGAUAUUUUUCUUUUUUAAUUAAAUAAAAUUUGAAUGCGGCGGGGGACUGAUAGCUUGGAAAAAAAUAUAGUAACGGGCUUUACCGAAAAAGGCAAAAGACCUAGACCAUCGGCUGUCCAUCUCGUUGGGCCCCAAAGAGAUGGGCAGACCAGUUGAAAAAAUCAAAUUAGUGCCGCUUCUAUCAAAUUGGCAAAAUGGCCUCCAACAGAAGCCGAUGGAUUACCAAGUUGACAUCUCACCAGGACCACGAUCUUCAGUGAUAAAGGAACGAUC